UAGCUCAGUUCACACUAGUUCAGACCUGAACUGCACAACUCUAGCAAAGAAAAUAAAUAAAAUACACUAAUCUAACGAAAUAUUGCACUUGCAAUGCAAUUAAACUAGUUGUGGGAGGAGCAGAGCCCAUCAACUAACGCUAAACACAUCCAGAGCACUGGCAAGUACUCUCGAAUAAAACGACACCAAAGCAGACGCCAUUUUGUCUAUUGGCCGGCUGAUUUGUGAGCUUAGGGGGCCAGAAAAAAAUUCGCAAAAAGUAGUUUCUAAACAUUUCGAGUGUGCAACUAUAAAAUUCUAAGACCCAAAUUUAAGUGUUAGAUAUAUACGCCCAAAUAGUGCAAGAGGGGUAACAAUUGGGACGCAAAGUGAAUAGGAAAAAAUGGUUUAUAGAUUUUUGCAAAUUGUGACCGCUGCUGUGAAGGAAUAUGUAAACUAAACGCAACGCGCCGCGAAAAGCAGUGCAAUCACACAUACACACGAGCGCGCACGGGGCUAUAGCUCUGAUUGAAGCAGGACAAUAAGAAAAGAGACAAGCCGCCCAUCCGCCCGCAGCUCGCGGCCCGCAGCCGGGACCCAUCCCGGGAGCCGCCCCCCGAAUUGUCUCGACCAGCAGUGCCUCAAAUAGCUAACCAGACGACAGGCAACACAGAAACGGAAACGGAAACUAAACCCAGGACUGCCAUAGCCAACCAAAAGCCAAAUAGCCGCCCAGUGCAGACUGCAGUAGGAUUCCAAUCACCACUAGGACUAGAGUUCCCAGUUCCCCACCCCUUGCUCAGCCCCGUUUCACGUCUACGCCCCACCCACGACGACGACAACGAAGACGCUGCUAAGGCAGCCACAGCGCAACAAGAACAACCACAAUGACGUUCGAUACGCGCAGGCAAACCACUGGACAGCCGACCAGCAGCAGCAGCAGCACCUCCACCACCAGCACUGGCACCACAACUACAACAGCCACCACCACUACGAGUCCAGCUCAGAGUACCAUGACGGGAAUGGGGACAACUGGAGGAGCUGGUACGGGAACGGGAACUGUCACUGGCUCAGGCACUGUCCCAGUCACGACAUCGAGCGUGCCGAGCAGUGCGGGAAGCAGCGCCGGAGGUGGUAGCUCUGCCGGAGGUGGCAUGGACACCACCAGCAGCAGCAGCAGCGGCGGCGGAGGCGGAGGCAACAAUCAGGAGCAAACGCCAGCCAGCACAAGUGCAGACGCUGACAAUGUAGUCGGAUCGUCGUCGGUCAGCAGUGUGGAAAGCAUUGUCACAAUAGUGCCACCAGAGAAGCUGAUAUCAUCGUUUCCCACAACCAAACUGCGAUCGCUGACCCAAAAGAUAUCGAAUCCGCGAUGGGUGGUGCCCGUACUGCCCGAGCAGGAACUAGAGGUGCUCCUGAAUGCAGCUAUCGAGCUGACCUUGGCCGGUGUGGAUCAUGACUGCGAGCCGUGUGUGGAGUUCUAUCGGAAUGGACUGAGCACUUCGUUUGCGAAGAUCCUAACCGAUGAGGCUGUCAACUCGUGGAAGUACAACAUCCAUCAUUGCAUCCUGGUGUCCUGCGGCAAGCUGUUGCAUCUCAUUGCCAUACACAUGCAGCGUGACAAUCCCUACCUGCUCGAUCUGCUGGCCAUUGUGUUCGAUCCGGAGAACAAGUUCAAUGCAUUCAAUGCGGCCCGCCAGCCGGAAUGCUUUGCGACGCCCGACUGCAUCUGGGGACAGCUGGACAGCAACAAGAUGUACGCGAGGCCACCGCCAGAGCCGAAGAGUGCACGCGGUUGGCUCGUGGAUCUCAUAAAUCGCUUCGGCCAGCUGGGUGGCUUCGACAAUCUGCUCGAGCGAUUCAACAAGGGCCUGGAGCUGCUGAAGCGUAACCAAAACAAGGUGCCGACCAUCAAGAGUGGAAGCGAGGGUGGCAGCGGCGAGGAUGGCGGGCAGGACAAUCGCUUAACUCUGGCAUUGAUACACAGCCUUUUGCGGCCAUUUGGCCAGUGCCACGAGCUCCUGACACCCGCCACCAUUGCCAAGUACUUUAUGCCAACUUGGAAUGUGGUCCUCGAUCUGCUGGACAGCUUCACCGAUGAAGAGCUGAAGCGCGAGGUGAAGCCCGAGGGGCGCAACGACUAUAUCAAUGGGAUUGUAAAGUCCGCACGUUUCCUGGCCAGUCGCCUGUCCGGCCAGGAGGAGCUGAUACGCGACCUGGAGAUGUUCCGCCUCAAGAUGAUUCUGCGCCUGCUGCAGGUGUCCAGUUUCAAUGGCAAAAUGAAUGCUCUGAACGAGAUCAAUAAGGUUCUCUCCUCGGUGGCCUACUACUCACAUCGCUCUCAACCACUGCCACACUCCCUGCCCGAGGAUGAGAUGGACUGGCUGACGGCGGAGCGCAUGGCCCAGUGGAUCAAGGCAUCCGAUGUCCUGGGCAUAGUACUCAAAGACUCGCUGCAUCAGCCGCAGUACGUGGAAAAGCUAGAGAAAAUCAUACGCUUCCUGAUCAAAGAGCAGGCCCUAACGCUGGACGAUCUCGAUGCCGUGUGGCGUGCCCAGGCGGGCAAGCAUGAGGCCAUCGUUAAGAAUGUGCACGAUCUGUUGGCCAAACUUGCCUGGGAUUUCACGCCCGAGCAGUUGGAUCAUCUCUUUGAGGCGUUUCAGGCCAGUAUGACGACGGCCAACAAGCGGCAGCGAGAGCGUCUGCUGGAGCUUAUCCGUCGCUUGGCCGAGGACGAUAAGAACGGUGUUAUGGCCCAGAAGGUGCUGAAGCUGUUCUGGACGCUGGCCCACAGCCAGGAGGUGCCGCCAGAGGUGCUCGACCAGGCCUUGGGAGCGCAUGUCAAGAUCCUUGACUAUAGCUGCUCUCAGGAGCGCGAUGCCCAGAAAACUAUUUGGCUGGACAAGUGCGUAGGCGAGCUAAAGGCUGGCGAUUCGUGGGUGCUGCCUGCGCUCCGGCUGAUCCGUGACAUCUGCUGUUUGUACGACACGACGCCCAGUCAUGCGCCGCGCACGCAGACGUCCACCAAUCGACAGCAGGUGAUCGAACGACUGCAGAACGACUACUCGCUGGUCAUUCUGGUCACCAACAGCCUCACCGCGUACAUGGAGAAGGUGCGCCAGCUGGUGGCCGAGACGCCUGGCCUGGAGCCCGCUGCGAUACUGAUUGACAAUCGGUUUCCCCAUCAGGCGCAAAUCUCGGAGCGCCUCGAGUUCCUCAAGUUCCUGCUGAAGGACGGGCAGCUGUGGCUGUGCGCCGAUCAGGCGAAACAGAUCUGGCACUGUCUGGCGGUGAGCGCGGUGUUUCCGUCGGAUCGUGAGGAGUGUUUCCGUUGGUUCGGCAAACUGAUGGGCGAAGAGCCGGAUCUAGAUCCAGGCAUCAACAAGGACUUCUUCGAGAACAAUAUCCUGCAGCUGGAUCCGCAUCUGCUCACCGAGAGCGGCAUCAAGUGCUUCGAGCGGUUCUUCAAGGCCGUCAACUCGAAGGAGGACAAGCUGAAGGCCAUCCAUCGGGGCUAUAUACUGGACAACGAGGAUCUCAUUGGCAAGGACUAUCUAUGGCGUGUGAUAACCACCGGCGGUGAGGAAAUUGCCAGCAAAGCCAUCGAUCUCCUGAAGGAAGUGUCCACCGCACUGGGUCCCCGCUUGUUGGAGAACAUUUCCGAGUUCCAUGAGAUGUUCAUCGGCGAGUGCUGCUCCCGACUGCGCACUCACUACGGCAACAUUGUGAUUCUGGGCAACACGCAGCUGCAGGAGGCAGAGGAGAACGAUCCCAACCACCAGACGGAUAAUUCGAACGACUCGAAGGACACAAAGAUGCGGUUCAUCGAAGCCGAGAAGAUGUGCCGAAUCAUCAAGGUGCUGCAGGAGUAUAUCAAGGAGUGCGAUCGCUCGUUCAGCGGCGACCGCGUCCAUCUGCCACUCAGCCGUGUGACGCGUGGCAAGAACACCAGUCUGUACAUCCGGUUCCAGUAUACCGGGCGACCCAUCGAUGACCAGGAAAUUGUGACGCACAGCAACGAGACAGUGGCGGCCUUCAAGCGGAAUCUACUGAAGCGCAUCAAGGGCACAUCCACCACCAAUUACAAGGUGGAUCUUUUCUACACCAACGGGGAGAUGAUCGAGGUCUCCGACGAGAUAAAUCCCCUCUACCAGUACACAAUACGCGACAAGAUGAUCCUCACCGCCAAACUCACGCAAGUGGGCACUGGCCUCUUGGCCAGCAGCCCGGACUCCUCCAGCGACUCGAGCACCGGCUCACCCCCACGGCCCUGCCCCGAUAUGCAGCGCGUAGAGUCCGAGAGCACCCUUCCGGGUGUGAUUAUCUCGCAGAACUACCAGUACACGGAGUUCUUUCUGAAGCUCUACCAGCUGGGCAGCGAACUGGAGCACGGUCGCCUUCGGGACAGUGCCAAGGUGUUGCUGCAUUUGCUACCCUGCGACAGACAGACCAUGCGGCAGCUACAGCUGAUGUGUCGAGUGCCCAAGGGUGUGCCAGAGAAGGCGCCAGUCCCUAAGGAUGGGGAUGCGGCAGAUGAUGAGAAGGCAGGCGAGACUGAUGGUGUGCAGGAGAGCUGCACGCCGGAACAAAUGUUUCUGCAUCCGACGCCCGCCCAGGUGCUGUACAAUCUCAGUGUGCUGCAUGGCUUGCUGAUACCCGCCCUGGAGCCGCUGGGAGAGUCGGCGCUGCAGAUACAAUCCGCCUGGAUGCACUCGGGAUGCGCCCACUUCGUGCUGGAGCUGCUGACCAAGAAUAACUUUCUGCCCAACGCCGAUAUGCACACGAAGCGCGCGUCUUUCCAGUGUGUGCUGCGGCUGGCCAAACUGUUCCUCUACAUUGUCGGGAGCGUGUUGUCUCGCGUCGGCGACGAGCCGAUGAUCUGCGACUAUGAUAACGGUGCCCGCUCACAGGUGGACAUACUCAAGCAGAAUUUUUCGACCACCCCGAACAGUUCGCAGGGCACGCUUCGAGCCAUUUCGGCCAAGCUGGCGGUAAUGCUGGCCCGCGAGAUGCUCUCCGCCAGCCAGGAGGGCGAACGCUGUCGGGCGCUCUUCAGCUCCACGCUGCAGUGGUCCUGUCCGGACAUCUCCACCAUCAAGGCGGUGGUGCAGCUGGCAUGGGCCUCCUCAUGCGGCAACUUACAGGCUUUGGGCAGCAACAGUAACGGCUGUGACUUUGAGGAUGAGGUGAUCGUGCCGGACAGCCAGGACUUUAGCAUGUGCAAGGAAGCCCUCGAGGUGCUCACUAUCUCGUUCAUUCUCAAUCCGAGCGCCAAUGAGGCGCUCAGCGGCGAUGCCAACUGGGCGAAAUUCAUCACCUCCAUUGUGCUGAAGAAUCCCCUGCGACACGUGCGACAGGUGGCCUCCGAGCAGCUAUUCCUCGCCUCCACCUACUGCGCCGGCGACCGACGUCCGUUCAUCUACAUGGUGAAUCUGCUGGUGAGAGCCCUGAAGACGCUGGUGCCCCAGUACGAGGCCACUUGCGCGGAGUUCUUUUCAGUUCUGUGUCGCACUUUGUCCUACGGUUGCAUCUACAAUUGGCCCCUGCAGAUUGGCGAGGAUCUGCUGGGGGACGAGAUCAAGUGGCUGCAGAAGAUACGAGAGAAUGUAAAGGCAACGGGGGACACACAGGUGCACGAGGAGCUGCUGGAGGGACAUCUGUGUUUGGCCAAGGAGCUGAUGUUCUUCCUGGUGCCCGAUUCGAAGGCCCAGCUCAACGAACUGAUACACGAGCUGAUCGAUGACUUUCUAUUUACGGCAUCGCGUGAAUAUCUGCAUUUACGACGACACGGCACCCUCAGGCAGGACACCGUACCACCGCCCGUCUGUCGUAGUCCACACACAAUAGCCGCCGCAUGCGAUCUCCUCAUAGCCUUGUGCCAGCUCUGUGUUCCUAAUAUGAAGCUACUCACCAAUACACUCAUUGAUUUCGUCUGCACGGACACCGAUCCGCUGAGGGAAUGGGACUAUCUGCCGCCGGUGGGCGCCAGGCCCAUCAAAGGUUUCUGUGGUCUGAAGAACGCUGGAGCCACCUGCUACAUGAACUCGGUGCUGCAGCAGCUGUAUAUGGUGCCGGCCGUGCGUGUGGGUAUACUGAAGGCCCAUGGAGCGGCCACCAACGAUGGCGAGGAUUUCAGCGGUGAUUCCGAGAUGACAAGCGCCAGUCUGGGUGCGGCCCUUUUUUCGGGGCCCUCAGCGGCGAUUGUCUCGUUUUCGGCCGCACUCGCCGGUGAUGAUGAGUCGACGUCCAUGCGCAAGAAUUACCAUGUGGUAAUCCUGAAGCAUGUCCAGGCCAUAUUCGCCCAUCUCGGCCACAGUGCGCUGCAGUUCUAUGUGCCACGCGGUCUCUGGACGCAUUUCAAGUUGCAAGGCGAGCCAGUGAAUCUGCGCGAGCAGCAGGAUGCCGUGGAGUUCUUUAUGUCACUGUUCGAGAGCCUCGACGAGGGACUGAAGGCUUUGGGACAGCCGCAGCUGAUGAAUGCCACGCUGGGUGGAUCGUUCAGCGAUCAGAAGAUAUGUCAAGAGUGCCCGCAUCGCUACUCCAAAGAGGAACCAUUUAGUGUAUUUAGUGUCGAUAUUAGGAAUCAUAGCUCAUUAACCGAAUCUCUGGAGCAGUACGUCAAGGGGGAGCUGCUCGAGGGAGCCGAUGCAUACCAUUGUGAUAAAUGUGAUAAAAAAGUAGUUACCGUUAAGCGGCUAUGUGUGAAGAAGCUGCCACCCGUGUUAGCCAUACAAUUGAAGCGCUUUGAAUACGACUACGAGCGCGUCUGUGCGAUUAAGUUUAAUGAUUAUUUUGAAUUUCCUCGUAUCCUGGAUAUGGAGCCCUACACAGUUUCUGGCCUAGCUAAGCUCGAGGGCGAAGUGGUGGAGGUGGGUGAUAAUUGUCAAACAAAUGUUGAAACAACAAAAUACGAACUGACGGGCAUUGUGGUGCACAGCGGCCAGGCAUCCGGCGGUCAUUACUUCAGCUACAUACUCUCCAAAAACCCAGCGAAUGGCAAAUGCCAAUGGUACAAGUUUGACGAUGGCGAGGUAACCGAAUGCAAAAUGCACGAGGAUGAGGAAAUGAAGGCUCAAUGCUUUGGCGGCGACUACAUGGGCGAGAUCUAUGACAACAAUCUAAAGCGUAUGCAAUAUAGACGUCAGAAGCGCUGGUGGAAUGCCUACAUGCUGUUCUACACUCGCUGCGAUCAGACACCGGUGCCGUUCGAGCCAAGCGUCGAGCAAUUGUCGCUCACUGAAAGCCGGAAUAUGGUACUGCCACUGCCCAAGCCCAUCGAGAGGAGCGUUAGACACCAAAACAUACGGUUUCUGCAUUCACGUAGCAUUUUCUCCGUGGAGUUUUUCAAUUUUAUCAAAAAGCUUGUCAGCUGUAGUAUACCCUCAGCGAGGAGCGAUAAGAUUACACCCGCUGCUGAGGAGCUGUCUCUUUUGGGCGUCCAAUUGGCAUCACAGUUUCUGUUCCACACUGGUUUUCGCACGAAGAAGUCGCUACGCGGCCCAGUCAUUGAAUGGUACGAUACGCUUUCACAUCACAUACGUUCCUCGGCGCUGGUGCGCAAAUGGUUUGCCAAUCAUGCCCUGCUGUCGCCGCCGUCGCGUCUCGGGGAAUACAUACUAAUGGCUCCAUCGCCGGAGGUGCGCGCCGUGUUUGUCAAGUUGGUUGUGUUCUUCUGCCAUUUCGCCAUUAACGAUGAACCACUGAUUGGCUACGAGGGCAGCAAUCUGUGCGAACAAGUGCUCAUCAGUGUGCUGCGGCUGCUCAAGUCCGAGGCUGCCGACUAUGGCAAGCACUUGCCCCACUAUUUCAGUCUGUUCAGCAUGUACGUGGGCCUGGGUACGCGCGAGAAGCAGCAGCUACUGAAGCUUAAUGUGCCGCUGCAGUUCAUGCUGGUGGCAUUGGACGAUGGGCCUGGUCCGUCCAUCAAGUACCAGCAUCCGGAGUUCAGCAAGCUCCAUCAAGUGGUGUCGCAUCUGGUGCGUUGCAGCGAUGUGAGCGACAAGUGCCAGAGCUCCAAUCAGACGGGCAGUCCUCAGGCCACUCCCCUGCCCAAUCCCUUCAAGGACUCCAGUGUGGCCCACGAAGAGCUAACACCUCUGUCCAGCGAGUGCAUGGACCUUCUAUUCAACAGAACUGGGUACAUCAAGAAGGUCAUUGAGGACACAAACGUUGGCGAAGAGGGCCUCAAGCUGCUUCAGUACUGCAGUUGGGAGAAUCCGCACUUCUCGCGGGCCGUCCUCACCGAACUGUUGUGGCAGUGCGGAUUCGCCUACUGCCACGAUAUGCGCCACCACACGGAUCUGCUGCUGAACAUCCUGCUUAUCGAUGACUCGUGGCAGCACCAUCGCAUCCACAAUGCCCUGAAUGGUGUGGCCGAAGAGCGGGAGGGUCUGCUGGACACGAUACAUCGGGCCAAGACGCACUACCAGAAGCGCGCGUAUCAAAUCAUCAAAUGUCUGACGCAGCUCUUCCACAAGUCACCGAUUGCCCUGCAAAUGCUGAACACAAAUCCGACCAUCACGCGCCACUGGAGCGUCGCAGUGGAGUGGCUCCAGGACGAGCUGGAGCGGCAGCGGGGCAUCGGGUGCCAGUACAACUCGUAUUCGUGGUCGCCGCCAGCACAGAGCAACGACAACACCAAUGGCUACAUGCUAGAGCGAUCGCAGUCGGCGAAGAACACCUGGAACAUGGCCUACGAGCUCUGCCCGGAGGAGGUUAGCGAGAAGACGGAUCAGGAUGAGAAUAACGAAUCCGACUUGGACUCUAAUCUGGAGGAGAACAAGCAGGAGGCGGGUCAGCAGCAGCCGCAGCCCACUACUGUGCAGACAGAGGCCGGUACGUCCGGCACUGAGCCGACGCCAGAGAACAAACCGAAUGCCAUAAUCAACAGUGACCAGUCUACGUGGCCGACUCGCAUCGAGACCAAUCCCAUUCCGCGUCUGUCGCGCCAGCUCUUUGGGGCCUACACAUCGACGGGCGGCAGCAGUCCCUUCGGAACGGUGGCCCCCACUGCCAUCAAUGCUGCAGCUACCACCAGCACGGGAGGAACUACUGGCGGCGGCACCACUGUGGGCGGCACGACGACUGGCAGCGGGGCGAACAGCGAGACUGAGAGCAGUGCCCAGGAGACGACCACAGUGGAGAACACAGCGAACAUAAACGGGUUGACCAACAGCCUUGAUCACAUGGAGAUAUCAUCUGUGAAGAAGAAAUAUCGCAGGAAAGAAAGGAGAAGAAAGCCAGAGGAAAAUAAUUAUGAAACGGCAGAGGAGUCGUCGGCGCCUGAGACAACAGCAGUGCCAGUACCCCCAACUGCAGAGGUCACAAAACCCAAGGCUGAAGCGGACACGGCAGCCUCAACCAACAUCAGCAGCAGCACGCCCACAAUAGCGAUAACAGCUCCCUCGAGCAGCGGUCAGCAGUCAGAUGCUGGAACGGCGAUAGAGAAAAACUAUAUUUGAAAAACAGAGAUUUAAAAACGAUAGGAUAUGAAAGAAUUGAAACCCAAGAAAACCGAAGAGUUCUUUACAAUAAAACACAUGUAAUCGCAGUUAUAAAAAGAGAGCAGAAAGGAGAGCAUUAACUUAGGAGGAAGGAGCAUCCGUAGCGUUAAGUGAACCAAAAACAGCCUGACAAUUCAAACGGUGCGGGUGUGUUAUAUUAGUGUGGAGCUCCCGCCGUUGAAAACGAGACUUAAGUGGGGUUAACAUACAUACGAUUACACCAUACACACACACACACACAAACACACACAAUUAUAGAGCGAAAUGCGUAGAUAUUAACAGAACAAAACAGAUAAAGGGCUGCAGAAGCAGUGCAAAUAUUACUCGUUCUCGUGUGAGCGAUGCGAGAGUCCAGACACGCAGCGCGGAAGGAAGGUGUUUACUAGUUAUCGAACUUUAUAAUUACCUUUCACCACAAGAGCUACACAACAGAUAUAGAUACUACAGAGAUACUGCAGAAAUGAUACAGACAGACACACAUCUUGAACACACACAAAAACACACGCGAGACAACAUAAAACAAAGAAAGAAAUAAACAAACAAACAAACAAAACACCCCACAACACACUCAUAAAUACUAAGAUGCGUUAAGUUGCACGUUUACAGUACCAUAUAAUUGUAUUUAUAUAGUAUAUAAAAUGAUGUAUUACGUAUUGAAGCCGAGGCAACCCCUAACCUUAAUACUAAUCGAAAACAAAACAAAAGAAAAGAAAAAUCAAAAACCAUAUAAUAAUGAAUACAUAUAUAAUAAUAAUAAUAAUUAAAUUACAAUACAAUCUAGGGGAAAACAAAAAACAAAAUAAAACACCACGAAAUCGGCUGAUUGUAAGAAGAAUUAGGGCAAGAAACCAAAUUGCAUCCAUCGUACUCUAUCAUACUCUCACUCUCGCCUGAAAACUGAAACUGAACACUGAAACUCUGUUUCCAUAAUCAUAUUUCAAUCGCGUAACUCAAGUAAAAUGGGAUGCUACUCGUAAUAUAAAUCAAAAAU